UGAAGUGGUAAAAUGCUGAUAAAAAAACAUGCACCGAAGUGUGGACAUUUUCAUGAUUAUGAUUAUAACAUGUAAGUGAUAUUAAGUAAAACCAUAGAGGCUUAUCCCGGCGCGAGAGCUCUUCUUCCUUCUCCCCAGUGAGCGUGUUCCGUGUCCACGCCGGGGGAACGUUCACUCGGUGGCCGGCGUCUCUGGACGUGAUCAUUUCCAAACCCUUUUCACUCGCGUUUUGGGACGUCGCCAUCCACACACCAUUCAUUUAUCAUCCGCGGACAAACUUCUGUCUGCUCAAAGACCCUUGAAUCCUGCCAAGUGCGGAGCUGCGACGCCGCGCUGUUUUUUUGUUUUUUUUUGGAGAGGACGCAGUCAAUAACUCUCUUGUGAAGUGGUGAAUGGCGGGCUCAUUCAGGUUUUUCCCUUCAUGACUUCGUGAAAACCUGCUACUUCAAGACCCUCUACCUAACGUGGAGCCAGCAGAAGGUAACCGGCCAGCUUCUGUGGGAUUUGAUGUUGCCUUUAGGUGGCUUCAACUGAAGAUGGAAACACUGGAGUCAGAGCUGACCUGCCCAAUCUGCCUGGAGUUGUUUGAAGACCCUCUGCUCUUGCCGUGCGCCCACAGCCUGUGCUUCAACUGUGCCCACCGCAUCCUGGUGUCCCACUGCUCAUCCAGCAAGCCGCUCCAGUCCGUGUCAGCCUUUCAGUGCCCCACCUGUCGCUACGUCAUCGCGCUGAAUCACCGCGGGCUGGAGGGCCUCAAGCGCAAUGUGACGCUGCAGAACAUUAUUGACCGCUUUCAAAAGGCCUCCCUUAGCGGCCCCAAUUCGCCCACUGAGAGCCGGCGUCUGCAGCGGCCAUUCACCGCCACUAUUAGUGGCACAAUUGGCGGGGGUGGCGGCGGUGGCACAAGCGGAAGCAGCGCCCGGAGCAGUCCGGCCACUUCCAGCCACGCCCACCCGCAUGCCAAUCACACCAACCACGCAAACCACACCAACGCCAACCACAGCCCGGCGUUUGUGGCGAAAAUGGAUCCGCGCAUCAGCUGCCAGUUCUGCGAGCAGGAUCCGCCUCGCGAGGCCAUCAAGACGUGUGUCACGUGCGAGGUGUCGUACUGCGACCGCUGCCUGCGAGCCACGCACCCCAACAAGAAGCCCUUCACCAGUCACCGCCUGGUGGAGCCCGUGCCCGACACGCACCUCCGCGGGCUGACCUGCCCGGAGCAUGAGAACGAGAAGGUCAACAUGUACUGCUUGGUGGACGACCAGCUCAUCUGUGCCCUCUGCAAGCUGGUCGGGCGGCACCGCGAGCACCAGGUGUCCUCGCUCAUCGAACGCUUCGACAAACUCAAAGCUUAUCAGGUGAGCCCGGGCAGAGUGUCAGACGCGGUAAUGACGGCUUCAAAGACAAGUGCUGCGCAAACCUUGGAGAACAACUUGACCAACCUGGUGAAGAGGAACAGUGAACUGGAGAACCAAAUGGCCAAGCUCAUCCAGAUCUGUCAACAGGUUGAGGUGAACACCGCCAUGCACGAAGCCAAACUAGUGGAGGAGUGUGACGAGCUGGUAGAGAUCAUCCGCCAGAGGAAGCAAGUCAUCGCUGUGAAAAUCAAGGAGUCCAAGGUAAUGAAGCUGCGUAAGCUGGCCCAGCAGAUUGCAAACUGCCGCCAGUGUCUGGAGCGCUCCAGUGCCCUCAUCACACAGGCCGAGCAGAGCCUAAAGGAAAACGACCACGCCCGCUUCCUUCAGACUGCCCGAAACGUAGCAGAGAGGGUUGCCAUGGCAACAGCCUCCUCCCAGGUACUCAUUCCAGACGUCAACCUGAAUGAAGCUUUUGACAACUUUGCCCUGGACUUCUCCAGAGAGAAGAAGAUUCUGGAAGGCCUAGAUUACCUGACAGCGCCCAGCCCUCCAGCCAUCAGAGACGAACUGUGCACGGCCUCACACGACACCAUCACUGUUCACUGGACGUCAGAAGACGAGUUCAGCGUCACUUCCUACGAGCUGCAGUACACCAUCUACACCGGCCAGACUAACUUCAUCAGUUUGUACAACUCGGCCGACAGCUGGAUGAUUGUGCCGAACAUCAAGCAGAAUCACUACACAGUCCACGGGCUGCAGAGUGGCACACGCUAUGUCUUCUUCGUCAAGGCUAUCAAUCAGGCGGGAAGCCGUAACAGCGAACCAACCCGACUCAAAACCAACAGCCAGCCCUUCAAGUUGGACCCUAAAACAGCGCACAAGAAGCUGCGUCUGUCCAACGACUGCCUGACCAUGGAGAAGGACGAGAGCUCCCUGAAGAAGAGUCACACUCCGGAGCGCUUUGGUGGAACAGGCUCGUACGGGGCGGCCGGCAACGUGUUCAUUGACAGCGGGUGUCACUACUGGGAGGUGCUGCUGGGAGCGUCCACCUGGUAUGCCAUCGGCGUGGCUUAUAAGUCCGCCCCCAAAAAUGAAUGGAGCGGCAAAAACUCCUCAUCAUGGGUGUUCUCCCGCUGCAACAACAACUUCAUGGUGCGUCACGACGGCAAGGAGAUGCUGGUGGAGUCCAGCCUGCAGCUGAGGCGCCUCGGCGUCCUGCUGGACUACGACAACAAUUCUCUGUCCUUCUACGACGCCAUGAACUCCCAUCACAUUCACACCUUCGACAUCUCCUUCCUCCUGCCCGUGGUGCCCACCUUCAUGAUCUGGAACAAGUCGGUGAUGAUCCUGUCGGGGCUCCCCGUGCCGGACUUUGUGGAGGGCAUGUCUCUGGAUCAGCAAGAGCAGCAGCAGCAGAUGGGUCUGUGCAGACAGGAGUCCCCCUACUUGACCGGGAUGAAGACCUGCCACUGAGGGGACGGUCCACCUGGGUGGGGUCACCUUGAGACCGGCAAUGCACGGAUCUAUGAGGUCGGUGGGAAAGCAUUAGAAGCAGACUUUCUACCGCGUGUUAAAAUAUGCACAUCAGUCUUCAAACUUGAUCAUACCUAAAGUCACGGCAUAAAAGGUCAUCUUUGACCAACUGAAACUAGGAAAAUUGUCAGCAGUUCGAUUUCCCAAGAAGUCCCGCUAGUUUCCAUCAACAUUUGAACAGGGCAAUCAGUAAAAAGACGGUUUCGGUUCUAAUCAACAAGUCUAAUAUCACUGACCAUGUGCUGCAGCGUCCAUAUCUACUGUAAGAGGACUGUUCCUGGACCUGACCGUUAGUGGGUCCACACAACCACAUUUACUUUAUGUGACUACUUAACUUGUAUCAUAAGAGUUUUAUGGAAAGUGUUAUUUAUGGCUUUUAUUUUGAAACCUAACAUAUCAUGCACUAUUUAAAAAAAAUCACUCCAAAGUGGGUUUUUGAAGUCUGUGCAUUGAGAGCAAUGACCGAGGACGUCGCAACCCUCCUUCACAUCGAAACUUCCCAGAAUAGAUGUGUCUUGUCGAGCAAAGGGAUUUUGUUUUUGUGGUUUUCAACACAAAAUAUUAAGUCACAUUUUAAAAAGCGAGGGGACACUUUAUUCUUGAUUAUUCAGGGAAGGGGGUGGAUUUUACACUUUAACUGUUGCAGCGUAACAGCAUGAUGGUGUUUUCCUAUGUUAUUGUAGGUGUCCACAUACACGCACACACACACACACACACACGUCACCUUUCCUUUGGCUUGGCCUCACUGUGAUGAAUGCAUGAUCACGCUGUAGACCAAUGAUGUGCACUUCAGUUCAUCUUUUGACACCCAAUCACAUGCAAAACAGAUUUCGCUCCCCGUGAUUUUAGUCCCAUGUUGGAUGAGCCAGUGCAUCAUUUUACACAAGAAUUUAGUACCAAAUUGCACACGGUGUGCUGUGUUACUGCACUUGAACCCUGUGACAGUCCGUUUUAAUGACCUGCGAUGCCAAUGAAGACAUAAUAGUCCAUAGGUUUUUGAAGAGUGAAAACAUUUUAUAUUCAUUUCUUUUCCCACAUUUAUUUAAACUUCAGUUCUCAACAAAAUUAUCAAUUAAGUAUUUUGUUACCCUUUUGAAGGCCCUUUUGAUUAGAUGUCACAGAUUGAAAUUAGUGCAAUACAAAUUUGUACUAAUUGAAACAUUUGAUCAAAAGCCCUUGUAACAACACAUUAUGUAAUAAUGCAUUAUGUAUAAAUGCAUUAUUACGUAAUACAAUAUGUAAUAAUAGAAUAAAUGUUCACUUCAUUACCCUAUGUAUACAAUGCCGCAUUCUGUAAUAAUUUGCCACAUGUUGUAUUAGCUUCUAACACAUUGAAAAAGUUAUUACAAAUGUCUCAAAGUUUAUUACAAAAUGGAUUUAAGCUUUUUUUUUUCACAAAAUGUGCCGCCGUUAUUAAUGAGGUGAACAUUUGUUACAUUGUUCACAAUGCAAAGUUAUUUUUAGUACAAAAUCUGACUAAUUUAUUGUAUAUAAAUGUUACAAUUGUCAAUACAAGGUUUUUUUUAGUACAAAAUCGGAUGAAAUUAUUGUAUAAAAAUGUUAUAAUUGACACAAGGUAAUUUUUAGUACAGAAUCCUACCAAAUUAUUGUGUAUAAAUGUUACAAUUGACAAUACAAAGUUAUUUUUGGUACAAAAUCCGACUAAAUUGUUGUAUAAAAAUGUUACAAUUGACAAGAAGUUAUUUUAGUACAAAAUCCUACUAAAUUAUUGUGUAUAAAUAUUACAGUUGACAAUACAAGGUUAUUUUUGGUACAAAAUCCGACUAAAUUGUUGUAUAAAAAUGUUAUAAUUGACAUUACAAAUAUAUUUUUAGUACAAAAUCCGACUACAUGUUUUCUAUAGAAUGUUACAAUAAGUAAUUUUUAGUACAAAACCAUACUAAAUUAUUGUUUUGCAAAAAUGUGACAAUUAACAAUACAAUGUUUUGUUUUUUUCCAAAAAAACAAAUAAAUAAAUAAAAACGACUACUAAACUCCUGUGUAAAAGACUUUUAAAAGACAAACUACUUUUUAGUACGAAAUCCUACUUAUUUAUUGUUUUAAUAGCUUGCAAUUGACAAUGUUAUUUUUGUUACACAAUCCUACACAAUUACAGUAAAGGCUUGCAAUUAAUUCAAAGUUGUUUUUUGGUCAAAAUUCUAAUAAAUUCUUGCAAUUGACGUUAUUUGUUGCGCAAAAACCCACACAAUUCCUGUUAAAAAGUUUUGCAAUUGACAAUGUUAUUUUUGUACAAAUCCCUACUAAAUUCCUGUUAAAGACUUUCAAUUAACAAUACAAAGUCAUGCAAAAUCUUUCUAAAUUCUUGUAUAAAAGGCUUGCAAUUGUGAAUGUUAUUUUGUUGUGCAAAAAUCCUACUAAACUUUGGUGCAAAAGACGAACAAUUAACAAUACAAAGUUUCUUUUUGUGCAAAAAAAUCAGAUUUGUUGCUUGCAAAUGACGAACAAUGCACAUGUGAAGACGACGCUGAGUGUUUUUGAACAUCACCUGACUUGUGAGAUACUUGGAACUGGUUUUGUUGCCCGUCAGUCACAGGCUCCAAGCAGCCGCGUGUUGAUCUGUGAUCCAGACUGACAAUGGAGGCAUCGGAGCGUGUCCGCUCGUCGGGUCACUGCAUGAAUUUGUGACCUUGCUACAGGUUCACAGCUCCUUGCCGAUCACAUGAGGGUCACCUGUUAGGUGGUGAGUACUAAAAAAAAAACAAGCAGAAAAAGUCAAUCGCCAUUCAUAUCAGACUUUGCAGUGUUAUUUCUUUCUUUGGUGUCACCAGUCCAUACAGAAAAUCUAUACAGUGAAUCAUUCUCGGUAGCCUUUGCAGUGCAGUGUACGACCUUAGAGACAAUGCAAUAGAUCCUCCUCCUUUUUGCUUUUCAACACAACUCAGAAGAAACACUCUCCUCCCCUGUUGGUAUUUUGAUAAAAGAGCAGUGUUGCAUUUGUGACAUGACAUCUUCGCCAAUGAGGAUCAUAAAGUCAUCAAUUGGAUGGGAAAUAUAUAUUAUAUACACUUGUAUAUUAUAUCAAAUACAUACAAACCAAUGUUAUUUAUGUGAAUUUACGUCCAAAUAAAAGUCAG